GUAAUUUUACGCGGACACAUUGCUUUUUCUCCAUUCUGAUGACGGAUGACUGCUCUGGUAUAGUAAGUCCUGAAAACCGGACUAUGAACACUGGUGAUGAGCGAAAUGCCAAAAGCAGUACUGAAGUGUCAGAAGGUGUGGCGUCUGUUAAUGAAGCUCCAGACUAUUUAGGUAGCUUCAAUAUCGAUACAGGCGGUGAAGCAGAAGGAUCCAGUAUGCCCCAUUACAUAGUCAAUUUAAAUAUGUAUAACACUACCACUAAUAUGGACUCUUUGACUACAUUACCAAUUCACGGUCAAGUUCCUGGUAUCGGAGAAUCAUCUGCCUCACUUUCAACUCCUGAUAUGAAUUCGCCCAUCAGUAUGAACGAUAACGUUGGUUUGAUGUGUGGCGCUAAUUCUACCGGACGAGCACACCAGUUUUUCACACCAACUAUGCGUUCAAAAGCACGUGGCCGUGGACGAUUUUCUUCUGUUCCAUUAGAUGAUGUAAUGGAGAAAAAAAUAAGGACAUAUGAAGGAAAGGAUUGUGUACAGGAGCUAGGGAAGCUGUUAAAAUUGUUUCCUCGCUUUAAGAGGGCUUACAUCAAUCGAGUUUUCACUCGUAAUAUGCUUAGUUAUGAGAAGAGUUAUGAACAGUUAAAAGAAGAAGAUGAUCGAGAGCGUGAAAGAUGCGCGAAGGUUCGUCUUAUUCAAGCACCAAAGGUUGAGUCCAAACGAUCAACAGACUCGAAAACUCACACUCGCCCGGAAUUGCCUCUUCAGUCACAAGCUUUCCUCUGUAUGGGACUGCCUUUGGGUCGUUGCCCUCCCCAUGUUGCUAACUCACUGUAUCGCCGAGUUAUUGUUACACCUGAAGGCACUGUUGAGUCUGCCGAUGAACAUGAACAGAAGUUUUUAGAUUCUACAGGUUUAUCAAGUUCUGUACUGGAAACACCAUCCCUCCAUUGUGAGCCAUCGCGUCCUAAACCAUCAUUAUUCACUGGACUGAAAGUAUCACCUAUGUCAACUAUCUUGCCUCCAAUUAACCAACCAUUUGAAUUGAGACAGUCUCCACCUAGGCCAGCUGGAGAGCAAUUGUUAACAUUGGAAAACGAUGCUGAAACAUCGAAUUCCGAAGAGACAGCUAUUCAGCAAUCAGGCAACCGAUUCUUUCGUACAGAUCAUGUUGGCGAGGCACAAAAAAAGAAACGUGGGUACAUUAACCGUGAGAUGCGAACUGCCACUGUUAGUACACCUGUUAGUCGAACCAGCAUAACUGCAUCUGCAGCGAAAUCUGACUUGGAUAGUGAUGAUUCGAGUAAGAAGUCAAGGGAUGCUGUUAAAUAUCUGGCUAAAGUUGGUGUUGUAAGCAAUUCAGUUAAUCGUAAACGACCUGCACGUCGUGGAAAAACAACUCGUCAACAAUUAACAACUGAAGUUCAGGGUGUUGUUAAUAACGAAACAAAUAAUUUACCUAUUGUUGAGGUUGUUACAGAAGAUGAUGGUCUUGACUUGACGACUGAAGAACGCCGUCACCUUCUAUCCUUUUUCAACGAUGCUGUAUUGGAAGAACUCACUCUGAUGCCAGGCUGUUCUCGAAAAACCGCACAGGCUAUUAUCAAUAUGCGCCCGUUUAAAAAUACAAAAGACUUGGUUACUCAACUGUCAGGAGUUCGCCAUCUUUCCUCCAAUUUGUAUGAGUGUUGUAAAGAUAUUUUAGAAGUUCGUUCUUCAGUUAUCCGUUUACUGAAUAAAUGUGAGCGUCUAACUGAACAGGUUGCUAGUCAUGCAGCACGUUUACUGGAAAAUGCCAUUGAUUUACCUGAAAAUGCUUUGACCGAUCAAAAUCGAUCUGAUGGCGUUGAUCAUGAGCAUGAUGACUUCUCCAUAAACAAAGCAAAUGGUAAUCUCGUUCAACUAGUGACCCAGCAACCGGCUAUUUUAAACCCCUUGCGUGAGUUGAAGCCCUAUCAACUUGUUGGCCUUAACUGGCUUCGUCUACUACACCACGAACAAGUCAAUGGAAUAUUAGCAGAUGAAAUGGGCCUAGGAAAAACAGUUCAAGCUAUCGCUUUUUUAGCUAGCCUUUGGGAAAGUGGGAAUCGUGGACCACAUCUUAUCAUUUGUCCAAGUUCAACUCAAGAUAAUUGGCAGCGUGAAUUAAGUCUUUGGUGUCCUCACUUAAAAGUGCUUGUUUAUCAAGGAUCUGCAGAACAACGAAAGGCAAUCCGCUUAAAAAUUUAUGAAUCUGAGUCUCAACCAGAUUUUAAUGUAUUGCUAACUAGCUAUGCUGUUGGUACAAGUGCUAUUGAAGACAGGGCUCUAAUGAAACGCGUCAACUUCCAUUAUGGCAUUUUUGACGAGGCACACAUGCUAAAAAAUAUGACUUCUCAACGUUAUCGAAAUCUGAUGAAUUUCAAAGUUCAACGACGUUUACUUCUUACAGGUACACCUCUUCAAAACAACUUGUUGGAGCUAGUAUCCCUGUUAUCAUUUGUUAUGCCGGAAAUGUUCUUGAAAAGCACUGAUCUGCUAAAAAGAAUUUUUCAGAUUUACUCAAAACCUAUGAAUUCUCGUAACGAAGAUCAGUCAGUUGACAAUAGUCCUGUCCGAAGCAGUUUUGAAGAAGAACGCUUGGUUCAAGCUAAAAACCUGCUGCAACCAUUUUGUUUACGACGAUUAAAGUCACAGGUCCUUGGGCAACUUCCUCCAAAAACUAGUGAAGUGGUUUUAGUACCAAUGACAAAGUCCCAAUCAACUCAUUACCACGAUCUUGUUAAACGAUUACGUUCCCAGCGAUCAUUAAAAGACACAAACAACAAUGGUCAAGAUCCGUCACUUCUUUCGAAUAACGAAUGUGAAGAUGGUGAUGAAAAUGCUGAUCCGGAUGCUAGUGAUUUGGAUAGUGAAUGUACAUCAGGAAAGAAGGCCCGUUUAGAUAUUUCUGUUACAGUAAAUGGGACGAAAUCACUUCCAGUCACUUCUAAAUCAAUUUCUGAGUCUCUCCAGUCACCGUGCAAUAUGGUUACAGCGUUACGCAAGGCAGCAAAUCACCAGGCUCUUUUCUCUGGUCUUGCAUACACAGAUUCUAACCUUCGAGAUAUUGCAGAUUCUUUGCACCUAGAUCCAAGUCAUUCUAAUUCUGAUCCUAAUCUUAUCUAUGAAGACCUACAGGCAAUGAGUGAUCAUCAGAUACAUAAACUUUGCCAAUUUUAUGAGGUUUUAUCACCAUACACUCUCUCACCUGAAUCUAUUAUUUCUGGAUCCGGAAAAAUCCAAUGGUUAAAUGACAAUUUACCGAAAUUGAUCUCUGAAGGACAUCGUAUUUUGAUUUUUAGUCAAUUUGUCAUCAUGUUGGAUAUACUAGAGGAAUUUUUACGGAUAACUAACAGGCGUUAUGUACGAAUGGAUGGAUCAACUCCUGUAUCAGAGCGACAAACAUUAAUAGAUCGUUUUAACAGCUCAUCGAUUGAAGUUUUCCUGUUAUCAACACGUGCUGGAGGCCUGGGUAUUAAUUUAACUGGUGCAGAUACUGUCAUUAUACAUGAUAUCGAUUUCAAUCCGUAUAAUGAUCGACAAGCAGAGGAUCGCUGUCAUCGACUUGGUCAGAAAAAUCCUGUUCACGUCAUACGACUGAUCUCUGAAGGCACUUUAGAAGAGGGUAUGCUUCGUAUUGCAUCUGAGAAGUUACAAAUGGAACAAGAUGUGACCGGUUGUACAACUGAAUGCAACACGGAACAAACUGAAGAAGCUGAAGAUGCUACUCGUGUUGGUCCCCAGAGUAGAAGGUCAAAGUCAACUAAUCCUGUACCAUGCUCCAGUCUAGAUGGUAUGACAGAAAACGAAAAUGUUUUUAAAGUCCUUGGUAAUUGGAAUUCAACUGCCUCGGAUCUCAGUUUAUCCAUUGUGAAUUCUAUAUCGUCCAAUCGAAUUAGUGAACGAGAUGUUCGCUCCCUUCUAUCAGAUGCUUUAAAAUUGUAGCUAUAAACAUUUUUCUACUUCUAAAUAUUCCACAAUCCCUUCAAGACAAAGACCCAUUUUUACACUUGUUAUAAUUACUGUUUUCACUCCCAUCGUUUCCUUUUAUUAUUCCAAUGAAUUCAGUGGUUUGAAUAUUUCUGCAUUGAUAUAAAUAAACUUUAUCAUGAACUCGUACACAGAAAUUAUCUGAAUUCAGUUUUUGUGAAUAUUAUAGGAUGAUGAUGAUUAUUUCACAAAGACACCCAAAAACAAAGUGAAAUUUGUCUUCAUUCUCUACCCAUGUAAAUUGACUCCACUUUUUGGUAAAAAAAAUAUUCUAAAUUUUACCUGUGUAUCAUUUUUGUUUUUCCAAAAUCUAUUUUUGCCUAAUUUGUUAUUUUUUUCUAAUUACUUUUGCGCUUCGGUUUUUAUGUUUUCGUCUAUCUUAUUGAAUAUCGCACGUACAUUGCAUUAGUAUAUUAGUAAUUACUAUGUGAAUUUAAAACGUUCUACAGGUUCGUAUUCGUUACACAUUUGUGGUAAUUUAUGAAAUCGUGUCAAUGUCUGUAAAUAUAUAUAUGUGUGUGCGUGUGCGUCUGUGCACACACACUAAGUCGUAAUUAUGAUUGGACUAGUGAUGAGCUACAAAUCAUAAUAGUAGGUCUUAACCGUCCAUUAGUCAUUUUAG